UAGGGACAAAUAUUUCGUUAAUCUGUGGAUGGCGGUGCUUGGGGAAACUACGCCAAGUUAUUUGUUUCGUACAACAUACGAUUGUUUUAAUAAUUUCGUGUUACUUCGUUAGUUUUGAUUUAAAUUAUAUUAAAAAAUGUUGCAAAAAUAUGUCGUUUGUCGAUAAUAACUAUGUGUCUCUGUGAAAUUAUUAAUUUCUAUACCACUAAAUUUCUUGGCGGUAACAAUAUCAUGAUUACCAACAAAAAUAUUGUGCUUAUAAGAAACUUAUUGGCCGAGAAGUUCUAGUGAUUUUUACCACCCUUACUUACAAUUAGCAACUUUUAAAUUUGCUUUCAAUACAUUAGAGACAUUAUUAAUAUACAAGUCCGUCGAAAUGAAUGAUGUUCGUGAUAAAGUUGUUGCUGGAUCCUCAUCGUGGGAGACUGCCCCAAAUCUUAGUGAUUCUUCUCCAGAAAUCCAAUCAUCACCCGGUGGAAGUGGUGACACACCACAAACACCUGGUGCACCGGCUCCCUUAGCUCCACAUCUUGCUGCAGAAUUGCAUCCCGAUCUUUUGCAACAGGGAUGGCGCAAGUACUGGUCAAGGCGAGAAAAUAGACCGUACUUUUGGAAUAAAAUAUCGGGCGAGUCGAUGUGGGAAUUACCAGCAGUUAAAAGGGAUUUUGAUCCAAUAACAGAUCCACUUGGCAUAUGCCAUACAGGUCCACCUAAUGCUGGUAAUGUAACCCCUAGUGCGAGUAAGCGUCGUCCAUCAGAAGACAAUGGACCCCCACCGAAGAAAUUUGUUCUUGCUGGACCUUGGGACAUUGAGGUUCCUACUAAUGUUGUUAUAUAUGAACGGCCACCAACCAUUUGUCCACAUCCACAUCCUGAAAUAGAAGGUUUUCGAUUCACUCUGGCAAAUAAAUUAAGGCAAUGUUAUCAGGAGUUGUGUCAUACAAGAGAAAGUAUAGAUGCACCAAAGGAUUCGUUUAAUAGAUGGUUAAUGGAAAGAAAAGUAAAUGAUCAGGGUGGCUCUGAUCCUCUGCUCCCAAGCCAUUGCUUCCCUGAGAUAUCACGAUCAAUGUAUGAGGAAAUAAUGAAUGAUAUACCAAUAAAAUUAACUCAUCCCAAGUUUACUGGUGAUGCUAGAAAACAAUUAUCACGCUAUGCAGAGGCAGCAAAGAAAAUGAUUGAAUCAAGAAACGCAUCACCUGAGAGUAGGAAGGUUGUUAAGUGGAAUGCAGAGGACACAUUUCAAUGGUUACGACGUACGGUUGGGGCUACUUAUGAUGAUUUUCAAGAUCGAUUAGCGCACUUAAGAAGACAGUGUCAGCCGCAUUUAGCUGAGACAGCUAAAGCAUCGGUGGAGGGAAUCUGCUUGAAGAUCUACCAUCUGUCGGCUGAAUAUGCUCGGAAGAUAAGAGAGAAACAUAGUAUUUUGUUGAAAGAAAAUGGAAUACAGGAGCUGCCGGCGCCGCUGCAGCAGGCGGCGCUGCGCAAGGUGUGGUGCUACCCCGUGCAGUUUGCGCUGCCCGCGCCGCGCUCGCCGCUCGUGGAGCACUUCCUGGACCGCGACCAGGCGCUGCUGCGCUACCUCGGCGACACUCAAGUGCUCAACGCGACCUACUUGCAGAAGCUUGAGCACCUGUACCGCUACAGCUGCUUCGACGACAAGAAGUUCGAGCAGUUCGUGUCGCGCGUGUGGUGCGUGCUGCGGCGCUACGCGGCGUGGGCGGGCGCGGCGGGCGCGGCGGGCGCGGACGCGCACCUGGCGCAGAUGUCGCUGCCCGUGCCCGUGCUGGAGUGCCUGCACCGCUGCUUCGGCGUCACCUUCGAGUGCUUCGCCAGCCCGCUCGACUGCUACUUCCGGCAGUACUGCUCCGCAUUCGCCGAUACUGACUGCUAUUUCGGAUCGCGCGGACCGUUUCUGGAACUGCGGCCGGUGGCGGGGUCGCUGGUGGCGCACCCGCCCUACUGCGAGGAGCUGCUGGAGGCGGCGCUGCGGCACAUGGAACGCCUGCUGCAGGACUCGGCCGAGCCGCUCAGCUUCGUCGUGGUGCUGCCCGAGUGGCCUGACCGACACACGCAUGCGCUGCACAAGCUGCAGGCCAGCCACUUCAAGCGGAAACAGGUGGUGAUUCCCGCAUUUGAGCACGAAUAUCGACACGGCUUCCAACACGUUCUUCCCAAGAACGAAGUGUACUUCCGCUGGGGCGGCGGCACGGUGGUGGUGUGGCUGCAGAACGCGGCCGGCUUCGCGCGCUGGGGCCCGACGGACGAGCGCGUGGAGGCGCUGCUGGACGCGUGGCGCCCGCGCGCCAAGCUGCGCUCGCCGCCCGAGCACGCGCCGCCGCCCGCCGCCGACGACCAGCCCGACAAGCGCUAGGCCGCCUCCCGCUGCCGAUCACUGAUUAUGACUAAUAUUAUGCCCCUAAGUCCGAGUCGAAUUUCGGUAAAUGUCCCUAUAGUCGUCGGAUGAUUUUUUACGACCGAAGACUGUUUGACGCUCACUAUUUGUGACUUUACCAGCUAUAACGUAUGAAUAAAUUUUGUACCUCAGGGACUUAGAUAUAGCUCCUAUAUGUUAGGCUCAAAUACCGAGUAUUGUCAUUGAACGGAGAGGCACGACGUGUUUAAGUUGUUUAAAUCAUCCACUACAAGAUAUUUACCCGUUACACGAAUAACUCGUAAGGGAUGAUUUAAAUAAUAUACCUUACAAAGUCGUGAUUUAUAUUUUUCCUAAAUUAAUACUAUAUUCGGUAUUUGAGAAUAAAAUAUAAGUAAAGAAAACUAUUACUAAAAUGUCAGCGAAGUCUUAUGUAAGUCUUUUUCAUUCAAUUUUAGAUGACAAAUCAAUUAUCCGGUGCUCGAACCGGGAAAAAGUGCUGGAAUUUAAAAUCAAGUGUUGUCAUAAUUUUUUUUUAAAUCUCACACACUCAAAAAUGUUUUAUAUUUAUCUUUAUUCUUAUUUUGAAAAAGCAUAUACAUAUGUAAAGCUUUACAAAUAGGUGCAUAAAGUGUAUUUAUAACAAUAUAAUGAAAUGUUAUCUCACUUUACAGAAAUAUUAUAUAAAUCACUUUCUUAAAAUGAAAUAAUUAUAUUCUAACAGUAUGUAAUAAUUUAUCGAAAUAUUUUAUGGCAGUUUAUCAAUUAACACAACUUAUUUGUUAAAUAUAUUUACAAUUCAGAGUCUAAAACGCGCACGAGACUCUUAUAACUUAGUUACAAAUCCUUUUGGGAUUUAUUCCUAAAUGAAUCUAUUAUUAUUAUUUUGUGAUCUAUAAAUAUUUAUUUAAAGUAAGGUAUGAAUAGAAAAAAAAAAUCUAUAUUUAUAAUACGUUUGGAAUUCAUUCAGAAAAAAAGCAGUAAUUGUACAGCAAUUAAGAAAUCAAACCAAAUAAAAUAAUUUAUAAAUGAAAAGUGAACCAAAUGUCAGAAUAAUGCAGCUCUUAAUAUCAUUAUUGUAGAUGUACAUCGGAAAAGUUAUUAUUAAAAUUGAAACAUAGAUUAAUACUAAGUUGGUAAUAAAGAGAAAAUGGCCCAAGAAGCUUGAAUUUUUUUAGAAGCGUAAUUAGAGUGUUUAUUGAAUAUUUCACGUAUAGACCGACGGAUACUAACAGCUUACACCAAGUUAAUUGUUAUAAGUAUGCCGUUAUAACGGUCAAAUGAAGUAAUUAAUCAAACGAAAACAAUAUAACCAUUUGUUUCACAACUACUCGUACUUGUUCUUCAAAUUAUUUUGGACCAAAAAAUAAAUCAAUAACGACAUAAAAAUCACCUAAAAAUUUUAUGUUAAAU